CAAGCAGGAACUGGAACUGGCAAUCGAGAGCAAGCAGGAACUGGAACUGGCAAUCGAGAGCAAGCAGGAACUGGAACCGAACCAGACCAACCCCCUCAAAAACCUAAACCAACUCCUGAGCAAGUGAAUGAGGCUAAAAAUGAACUAAGUAAGGCGGUCAAUAGCGAUAAAAAGGAAGAUUUAGUAAGUGCUCUUAAUAAAGUCAGCGACACGGUAAAAAAUAGUUUGGAUGAAGAUUUAAAAAAAGAGAAAGAAAAAGUGGAGGACAAAUUAGGUCAAGUUGACCCAAAUGAUGCUACCGAAGUCAAAAAAAUAAGAACCGAAGUUUUAAAUGAUGGUGGAUUAAAAGCCCUUGAAAAAUUAAUCUCGGAGGUCGAACAAGCCAUAAAGUCGGGUGAUAAGAAAAAAAUAGAAGCAAAAGUUAAAAAACUAAGACAAUUUACGGAGGACACGACUGACGAAUACGCUCAAAAUGCUUAUAGACUGAAAAAAACUAAGGUUCAAGAAUUAUUUGAAAAAACCAAAAAUUAUUCUACUCAAAAUAGUGAAAAUAAGAAAGGAUUCUUCCGCAUGGAUAAUCCCCUAAUGUGA